ACUUCCCCUAGCUAGGUAGUGCAACACACACCUCUAGCUUCUAGCUAGCUUGCUUCUCCGAGCAUGGCCGCCACCACCACCACCAUGUCCUCAUCCAUGGCGGCGUCGCUGGUGACGUCGCUGCGCUCCCUCUCGGCACACGCCCUAGUGCCACUCGUCGCGUCGGCGCUCCUCUUCGUGGUGGCCGUCGUGCUGCGGCGGCGGCGGCGGCCGGUGUACCUGCUGAACUACAGCUGCCACCUCCCGGACGUGGACCGGAAGGUGAACCUGGAGGUGUGCGAGUACUUCGGCCAGCGCUGCCGCCACUACUCCGACGACACCGCCGACUUCAUGCGGCUCAUCUACCGCAAGUCCGGCCUCGGCCAGGAGACGUACGCGCCGCCCUUCAUCUUCUCCGGCGAGUUCCAGAAGACGCAGGCGUUCGCGGUGCAGGAGGCGGAGGAGGGGCUGUUUGCCACGGUGGCGCACCUGCUGGCGAAGUCCGACGUGCGCCCGCGCGACGUCGGGUUCGUCGUCGUCGCCUGCUCCAUGUUCUCGCCGGCGCCGUCGCUGGCGUCGAUGAUCGUGCGGCGGUUCGGGAUGCCGCCGGGGACGAGGACGUACAGCCUCGCCGGGAUGGGGUGCAGCGCCGGCACGGUGGGGAUCGACAUGGCGGCGAGGGCGCUGCGGGUGUCGCGGCGGGGCGGGUACGCGCUGGUGGUGGUGACGGAGAACAUGAGCCUGAACUGGUACUUCGGCGAGAACAAGCACAUGCUGGUGACAAACUGCAUCUUCCGGGUGGGCAGCGCGGCGGCGCUGGUGACCGACGUGGCGGCGCGGCGCGGCGACGCCAAGUACGAGCUGGUGCGCACGCUGCGGACGCACCACGGCGGCGACGACGCGGCGUACAACGCCGCCGUGCAGAUGGAGGACGAGGAGGGGAACGUCGGCGUCGCGCUCACCAAGGACCUCGUCCGCGUCGCCGGCGCGGGCCUCCGCCAGCACAUCGCCACGCUCGCGCCGCACGUCCUCCCCGUCUCCGAGCUCCUCAGGUACGUGUGGCGGGUGGCGCGCGCAUAUGUCGCCGGGAACCCAAAGGCCGUGGCGGCGAUUGUGCCAGAUUUCCAACGCGCGUUCGAGCACAUGUGCAUCCACUCCGGCGGGAAGGCGGUGAUUGACGCGGUGGUGAAGCUGAUGGCGUUUGGGCCACAGGUCGUAGAGCCGGCGCGCGCCACACUGCAUAGGUUCGGCAACACGUCGAGCAGCCUCGUCUUCUACGAGCUCGCCUACUUUGAGGCCAAGCGUCGCGUCCGUGCCGGUGACCGCCUCUGGAUGCUUGCCUUCGGCACCGGCUUCAAGGCUUGCAGUAACGUCUGGCGUGCGCUCCGUGACUCUGCACCCGAUGCCGACAACCCCUGGAAUGCAUGCGCCCACCGCUACCCUGCUGCGCUGCCACCGCCUUCAACGCGUAGGUCGAGUGGCGGUGCGCCCGCAAUGGAUUUUACACACUUGAAAAAUGAUAAGUUGCCUUAAGUUACCAUUUUGAAAAUAAAAAAUGAAAAUAAACUUUAGUAUUCUAAAAAGUUGGGUUGAGUUUUUAUAUUCCAUCAAGUAACAUGUAUUUUUUUUCUAUUUUCUUCGUACUUCCUCAAUUUUUUUAAAAAAAGUUAAAUGAUAUAUAUUUGUGAUCGAACGGAUUAAUCCACUAGUGUUAUUGUUCUUUAUCUACAUGUAUGUAUCUAUUUAUUAUGUAAAGUUAUAUAUUCGUUCUGGUCAUUCUCAAA